GCCUUAAUUAUGCCUAGAUCUGUCUGUUAAAAAAGUGUUUAAAUACUACUAAUAUACACUUCACCUUAGUAAAAUAGAUAUUUAGAAAUCAGUGAAUUAUAACAGAGGAAUGUAAAACUUUUGAAUUUUCUGUAUUACUUACUAAAAAUAGUGUUUAUUGCAGCUAACAUAAAUAGAUUGAAUUCUUUUCAUUGGAAUUCAUCUUUUCGAUUACAGUGAUCUGUCUGAAGAAAUUCUGGGAUCAGUUUCUAUUUUAUUUGUUAAAUUUCUACCAAAUAUAACGCAAUACUCAAUUCUCUUACACCUUGGCUUUUGGAAUUAUGUGCAUUAUGAACCAGAAUUCGAAAUACUUUUGGAUACUGCUUUAUAUUCUACUGAAUAUUUUGAACAGACACUACUGCUUAACUAUCCAGUGCUACAGAUGCAAGUUUUGUCCUGAAUUAAAUGGCACGGUUGAAGUAGUUAGUGGUUGCACAACAUGCACAUUUUAUGGAACAUACCCCGAAAUUUUCAGAAAUUGCUUGUUAAGCGACAAGUGGCUACCUCAGAAUGGUGCAAAACCUCAUGAAGGUCAUUGUUUUACAGAUCUGUGUAAUGUAAAGAAAUUUAGUCCAACCACUGAAGAACCUAGCCAUCGUGAACCGACUGAAAAGAUACCGGUAAACAUCAUGUGCUAUGCAUGUACAAAAUGUACAAAGGGUCAACAAACAAUUCAACAUUCUUGUGGUGCAUGCGCAACCCAUUUGAAACCAGGAUAUACUGACAAGUAUUGUCUCAACUCAUGUGACGAAGCUCCAGAUGAACAAGGAAUGUAUUGCUGCACAACUGAUCUGUGUAACGGAAUGACAAAAUUGAAUUUUCAUGGAAGUGCCAUCAUCUUUAUACUUGUGCUCACAGGAAUCAAUGUCUUCAUUCUGUAGAACAGUGAGAAACUGAUAACCCUCACAUGACACAACUCACACAUGACCAUUUUCACAAAACAUUCAACAUAAGGAGACUAGCUUCUCAUCCAUUUGCUUGUUCCACUCCAUCUCAUAUUUGCAACUCAAUCAUAGCUUGCAUCAUUGACUAUUUUGAGUUUAAUCCCUUCAACACUUUACACAAUUAUGGCAUUUGAAUAAAAUAUUUCGACGAUAAGUG